ACUCCUUCACUUCCACUCUCACACAUUCAACAUCCCCUCCCCGCCUUCUCUCUUCCUACUCCGACACACAAUCACACGGCAGCGGGAUGGCAACAGGAAACGACGUCCGAGAGAUCUUCCAGCUCAAGCCAACAGAGCCCAUCAGACGUGUCCACAAGACCGAGAAGAAGCCAGAUGGCAUCAGCCGCGAACUUUAUGGCCUCAUCGGAAACAAUGUCUCGACCGUCGCCUUCAACAACCCCCUCUACAAACCCAAGCUCAACGUCAGCAAAAAGGCCGUCAACUGGACAUGGCGUCCGUUUGUGAACCCAUCAAGAGACGACGACCUCGUCCUACACCAUUGGGAAAAAACAAGGACCAAUCCCAACGAAGAGUACCGCUUUUACAAAUUUAACAAGGCCAUCAACCUCAACGAAUUCACCCCCGAGGAAUACAACUCUCAUCUGCAGGACCCGGACUGGACAUUGGAGGAAACCAGCUAUCUCUGGGAUCUCUGCCGGAGGUUUGAUUUGCGUUGGGUCGUGAUCCAGGACCGGUAUGAGUGGCCGCCACAGGAGCAGGAUCGUUUGGCCUUGUCGUAUUAUAAUGGAAACAAUGUUGCAUCCGUCCCGAGUGUCAAGAUCGAGGAUGCUGUGGAGGUGAAGUUAGAAUCAACAGUACCAAAGGCAAUCGAGGUGCCUUCCACAACCCCUGCGUCAGAGGCUAUGGACAUUACACCGACAACAACAGCAGAAACGAUAGCGAGUACGGAAUCUGAGACAGCAACCACAAACGAUAUCAAGGAUGCAUCGUUAACAAUCCCAUCUACAGUUCCAGCAGCACCGUCUGCAGAUGAGACCACUCCUAGCAAGAAGGAUACCGCCAUAUCCACAUCUUCUACCUCUACAACGCCUGCAAGCAUAGGUACGACUUCAACCAUAUCCAAGGAGAUUAUCAAUUUCGCGCCACCAAAGACACGGUCCAUGGAGGACUUGAAGAACCGGUACUACAGCAUCAACCGGACCUUACUCAAGAUCAGGAUGAGCGAUGCGUCCCAGGCAGUCGAGAAGGCCCAAUUGUUGUCGUCGAUGGCUUAUGAUAAGAACCGUGAAGUCGAGCGCAAGAAGAACCUCGAGGUCUUGAACACUCGUACACCCGAACAAAUCGAGGAGGAGGAGGCGUUAUAUCUGGAAGCGAGAAGGAUCGACCAGAACGAGAAAAAGAUCUCGAGGGAACGCGAAAAUUUACUCCGCCUGCUCAAUACGAGAGACAUGUACGGCCCUGGGGGUCCGGCCUCUGCAGGAUUGGCAGGCACUGUCGUCGGACCCGGCAAUGGAAUUAUUAUCCCCAGCAACUCUAUCACUAUCCCGUCCUCAACCUCGUCCUCCAACAACAACACUGCCAACGGCAACAACGGACCACUCUCACCCUCCUCGGCUAAGAGCGCGAACGGUACUGCUGGCGGGCCUGGGGGAACUGCGGGAUCACAGAAUGCACCGGUCAAGAAGCGGAAGAAGGCACCCAAAGGAUCAACACAGGCGGACGAACCAACCACUCCAGUUACUAGUGCUGCUGGUUCGAGUGGAUCACAGACAAAGAACUCUUCGUCUAACAGACGGCCAUCGAAUGCUACUUCUGUCAGCGACCUUGGAUCAACUUCAAGCUUGCCACAUGGCGUGCAGGUCAAGAAGGAGAAGCUGACGCCAGGCGCCUAUCUGAGAUCCCAAAAGAUGACCCCCGUGGUGUCAACGAAAUUGCAGCGAGUGCAGAACACGCUCUUGCAGCUGCAGUUGCCCUCGAAGCCUGCGAUGCCGACAGCGACGGUCAUGGCCAAGUGGGAUCAAUUGACAAACAAUAUUGUCACGGUGCUGGACCUGAAGAAACAGGUCGAUAAGCUGGAGGCGGAUCUGAAGGUCGUCAAGAUGAGACGGGGUAGCGCUUCUGGACCAGGAUUGUUUCCGGGUGGUGGACCUGGAUCAGCGGCGGGUGCGUCUGCAGGCGCGGCUGGAUCGGGAGCGGUGGGAACCAGUGGCGGAAUAGGAGCAGGUUCUGGAGCGGAUGGGCAUAGUGGUGUGAAGCGGGAAGGCACCGUCGAUGAGGCUGGUACGCCGGGUCAGAUCAAGAAGAAGAAGAGAAAGGAGUAGUCGUCCACGCAAUUGCUGCCUCUUCUCAUGACCAAUGCUAUGCCAUCGGAUUGACUUGUAUUAUAUUAUUUGUACCCUUGUAUCCUGCACAUGUUGCUGUCCACCUUUGCGCGCGUAUGUAUGCAAACCAACAAAACACACCCAUUUGAAAAGCAGUGCUUUGGAUGAUUGAUAAUGCAAAAUCAGUUUAUUGCUCUAAAUGCGAAGUUGUAUUAGUUAAAAAAAUGCAGAUAUGAAAAAAGUAG